CGGCCACUUGGGAAUAAGGAAUGUUGCGGGGAGAAGAGAUUCAUCUCUGAAUCAUCUUUCAUGCCAAUGGGAUUAAAGAAAGGCUUUCAGUAAAGAACUGUGAUGUCUUUCUUAUGGUUCCUGGUGACCACACAUUGUCCCAUUCUUGCUCAUUGCAGUAGUUAGUGCUUCACAGGGGUCCUGCAAUGGACAAUUACUGCAAGUAAGUUAAAAUGGAGGCUCUAGUUCCAAAACAGAAUCCAGGGAAAUAUUUCUGACCAAGAGCUGGAUGAACAAGACAUUCAAGGGGGUAGUAAAGAAAGGAAAAGAAGCCCAUUAAAGAUUAGAAAAACUGAAUGCUUGCCCAAGACAUUUAGGAAGAUUAUGGAUAGGCACCAAAUGUUUCAUUUACAUUGUAUGAACACUGUCCUUUUGGUGCUUAUUUGGACUGCCAUUGCAACAGCACAGAAGGAUUGUACAGGUGUGGAGUGUAAGCAGCCAGAAAAUUGCAUUGAAGAAGUUCUAGAGCCUGGAGAAUGCUGCGCCUCUUGUCUGCACAAUGGCUGUACUUGCGAAGGAUACCAGUACUAUGAUUGUGUGAAUGUAGGCUUUGUCAAUGGAAAAGUGCCUGAAGGACAGUCCUAUUUGGUCGAUUUUGGAAGCACAGAAUGUUCUUGUCCCAAAGGCGGAGGUAAAAUCAGCUGCCAGUUUAUGUUGUGUCCAGACCUUCCGCAGAACUGCAUUGAUGCUGUUCUACCAGCAGAUGGAUGUCCCCAAUGUGGAAGAAUAGGCUGUGUCCACGAAGACCAGAAAUACGCUGCAGGACAUACAUUCCAUAUGCCUACGUGCAAAGUGUGCCAUUGCCCUAAUUCUGGCGGUGACCUCAUGUGCUAUCAGCUCCCAGAUUGUAAUGAAUCCACGUUAACCUCCCCUAAUCCAUCUGAUACCAUGGAAGUAGAGCAGCACUAUGAUGAUCCCUACAGUUAUGACCAAGAGGCACCAGAAGGGGACACCACUCAGGUGGAGCCACCCAAAAAGUACUACAGUUAUUCAACACAAUUGGAACAAGAGAGCAUAGGCCAAGAACAAAGUGAGGAUUAUGACUACCUUGCAAGCAGUGUUACUCCACCUUCACUGACUCAGUCUCUUUCAGACCCGGCAAUGCAGCAACAAACCAGCACAAAUAUCCCGCUCCUAAAUCAUCCAGAAAACAGGAGCAACAAUGAAAAUAGCAAGGUCAGGAUGAAUACAAGCACAGGAUCAACAACCAAAGCACCACAAAGAUAUAAGAUGACCACUACAAAUAAUGUGUUAAAGGAAGAAAUCGUGGCAACAACAGAGUUGCCACAGAAUGAGGCAGAAGUGGAGAGGCAAAACGCGAUUAACCAUGAAAAAAUUGAGCAAGGAGAAAACUCUCAUUUUAGAAUCAAGCUAAACAUGAAAAAAGACCAGAAAUUAAAAGUACCCAAAUCGUUGGAUUUCAAGGAAUCCAAAAGAGAUAACUUCCCUGAAGUCAAAUUUAAUCCGACACCAUCAUCGCUGAUUGCCUUGAAAGAAGACCGUAAUUGGAUAGCCCCCAAACAAUCUCAAACACUUUAUCAUUACCAGCCUGAUGAAGACGUGGAUCCCAACUCUGUUCAUACGUCUUCCAAAUUAUCAGAAGAUUCAACAAAAGAUUUAAUUGAAACUUGCUGUGCUGCUGGACAACAAUGGGCUAUUGAUAACAAUGAAUGUUUGGAAAUUCCAAUAAGUGGAACAAGUGGUGAUAUUUGCAGAAUUGCUCAAAAGCAGUGCUGUGUCUCGUAUUUAAAGGAGAAUAGCUGCAUUGCUGGCAUGAUUGCUGCAAGAGAAGGUGAUUUAUGUGGAUCAGAUGAAAGCGAUACCUGUGGAGGAUCAUUUUAUAAGCAAUGUUGUGAUUGCUGCAUGUUGGGCCAACAAGUAAAAAAUGAGGGUCAAACCUGUGAGUCGAACCCAAAUCUUGGCUAUCCUUGCAACCAUGUGAUGCUUUCCUGUUGUGAUGGAGAAGACCAUCUUAUCUCUCCAGAACUGAAGAGACAGCCUGAACCAUUAUCAACAGUGACACCUGAAAAAUUGACAGAGAGAGAGGAUCACCACGAAGCCUUGUCAAUUAGUCAUGAAGCUGAAAUGUCAAACAGCCUGCCUGGGGAUGACCAGGAUGAGUGCCUUGCCUAUCCAGGAGAGCUUUGUCAACACCUCUGUAUCAACACUGUGGGGUCCUACAAGUGCUCAUGUUUCCCAAGCUUUACUUUGCAAGAUGAUGGACUCAGCUGCAAUCCAGAUUUUGAAGAUGAUGCACAAAAUACUGCCUUAGAGGAGAAAGCCACUCCAGCUCCAGAAGUUUUAAAUAUUCAACCUGCAACCAACAACACUUUACAAGUAGAACAAGAUAAAUGUAAAGAUAAUGGUCCCUGCAAGCACAUUUGUAAUAUGGUGGAAGGGGAAAUUGUGUGUUCUUGUUCACUUGGCUUUGUGCUCCUGUCAGAUGGUGCUUCCUGUGAAGAUAUUAAUGAAUGUGUAUCAGAUACUCAUACUUGCAAGAGAGGAGAACAUUGUAUCAAUACAAUUGGAUCAUUUACAUGUCUUCAACAACUCAGCUGCCAAUCAGGAUAUGAAUUUAGGGAUGGUGAAUGUGUUGAUAUUGAUGAAUGUGAAAGAGGAACUCACAGCUGCAAAAUAAACUUUGCAUGUCAAAAUACAAAAGGAUCAUUUUACUGUGAAUCAAAGCAACGAUGCAUGGAAGGAUUUUUACAAGAUCCAGAGGGAAACUGUGUCGACAUUAAUGAAUGUACAUCACUUCCUGAGCCAUGUAAGGCUGGAUUCAAUUGCAUCAAUACUGUUGGGUCUUACACUUGUCAGAAGAAUCUCUUAAUAUGCAGCAGGGGAUAUCAUUCAAGUGAAGAUGGAACCAGAUGUGUUGAUGUUGAUGAAUGUCAGUCUGCCACACACCGCUGUGGAGAAGGACAGAUUUGUCACAAUCUACCUGGAGCCUACCGCUGUGAUUGCAAGAUGGGAUAUCAGUAUGAUUCAUUCAGCAGAACUUGCAUUGACAUAAAUGAAUGCUGGAAUUAUCCAGGCCGACUCUGCCAGCAUUCAUGUGAAAACACCCCUGGAUCCUAUCACUGCUCAUGUUCUUCUGGAUUUCGCUUGGCUUAUGACAGGAAACAUUGUGAAGAUGUCAAUGAAUGUGACAAUAACCCAUGCAGUCAAGAAUGUGCUAAUAUUUAUGGUUCCUAUCAGUGUUACUGCAGGCAAGGCUACCAAUUAGCAGAAGAUAGUCAUUCCUGUAAAGAUAUUGAUGAAUGUGCCCAAAGUGCAGGCAUCCUGUGUACUUUCCGCUGUCUCAACGUGCCGGGGAGUUAUCAGUGCGCUUGCCCCGAUCAAGGAUAUACAAUGGCCGCCAAUGGAAGGACUUGUCGAGAUAUUGAUGAAUGUGCAAUGGGAACCCACAACUGUUCAUCAGCAGAAUCUUGCUAUAAUAUUCAAGGCAACUUCCGAUGCCUUUUAAUUGAGUGUCCACCGAACUACAGAAAAGUGUCUGACAUGAGAUGUGAACGUAUCAACUGCUUCAACUAUUUGGAUUGCCAAAACACUCCGCUCCGCAUUACUUAUUAUCAGCUUAAUUUCCAAACAAACAUUGUUGUUCCAGCUCACAUUUUCCGAAUUGGUCCCUCGCCUGCUUAUGCCGGAGACAACAUAAUCCUUACAAUCAACAAAGGAAAUGAAGAAAACUACUUCAAUACCAGAAAGCUUAAUUCCUAUACCGGUAUAGUGUAUCUUCAGAGGCAAGUGAGGGAACCCAAAGACUUCUUGCUAGAUGUUGAAAUGAAGCUUUGGCGUCAAGGAACCUACACAACCUUUCUGGCCAAAAUUUAUAUUUUCAUUACAUCUCAUGCAUACUAAGAUGGAUGUAUUACUGUUGAAGCUCAUUGGUGCUAUUUUUUUUUUUUUUAAAUUUCCUGUCAAAGCUUGUGGUAAUAGAAAAAAAAACUGAUAGAAAAAUAUAACCUUUUGUAUUUUUUCUAGCUCCCAAAAUAUCUUUGUUUUUGUAAAAUUAACUUAAAAUGUAUUAACCUGUUUCUCUUUUAACUCUGAAUGUUUAUCUGAGCAAAAUAAGGUUGUUGAGCUUUGAUGCAAAUAUGUACAGUUGUUAUGCUGUCCUUCAAAAGUUAUUUCGAUAUUGCACCAAUGACAACCUCAGAAUUAGUUACCAAGGUUGGGGGCAUGAUCUAGCCAAACUUAAAUAGUCCAGAUAGAUGGAUUUCAAAGGGAAAAUAAAUAUGUAGCUGUUAAAGUCAAUUGUAUUUAAAAGAUGCUCAAGUACAAUUCAGUUGAGCUGAUGAGAGGGCAGAAGGCCAAUUCCCAGUCUUUAAAACAACAAAAAAUAGAGAAAGAAAUUGCAUGUCAGAUAGUGAUUUUUUCUUCAUUUACUGAAUGUAGUUUUAAAGAGACAAAAAUCUUCCUUUGCUGAAGAUGCCCAUAAUUUGUGAUGAAAACUUGCUGUGCCAGUCAAAUUCUGUCUUUAUCCCUCCAUCCUUCUGUAACACAUUAGUGAAUCAGAUAUUGAUCUGUCCAUGUGUUUCCCCCUUCAUUGAUAUCCCCAUCCAGUUACUAAAGCUGCUGCCUCCUCUGUUUAAGUUGGAAAUUAUGGCUGCAGUGCAGAGGAACAAAUAAGUGACCAGGAAUAAGUCUGACCAAAUUUAAUAUGCACAUAGGCCUCACAGUUAAUUCACCUAAAAAAAAAAACACUUCCUCAUAUAGUAUUUAUAUAAUCAAUAUUUACUUUUUCCAUACCUUAGCAAAUGUCACUGUGAGACAUUUUCAUAGAGUUGCCUUUCCAUCUUAUUCAAGGUUAUUAGUGCUCUUAUACCAUAGGAUGUGAAGGCUACCCAUAACUUCUGAGACUUGCUACUUGCUGUGCUUCUAAAUUUUUGGGACUGGCCAUGCCAGGAGAUAUAGACAUAUAUCCUCCUUUCUAGUAUGUUCAUGCCAGCACUAUAGGUAGACCUCGACUUACAACUAUAAUUGACCUCAACAUUUCUGUUGCUGAGUGAGACAUUUGUUGAGUGAGUUUUGCCCCAUAUAACGACUUUUCUUGUCAUGCUUUUUAAGCAAAUCACUGUAGAUUUUAGAUUAGUAAUUUGUUACUAAUUUGUGCUUGUUAAGUGAAUCUGGUUUCCCCAUUGACUUGGCUUGUCAGAAGAUAGCAAAAGGUUAUCACAUGACCCCGGGACACUGCAACCUUCAUAAAUAUGUCAGUUGCCAAGUGUCUGAAUGCCACAAUGCUCGUAAAUGUGAAAAACUGUCAUAAAUCACUUUUUUCAGUGUCCUUGUAACUUUGAACAGUCACUAAUUGAGCUGUUGUAAGUCGAGGACUACCAGUAUAAAACUGGUACCACACUUUGUUGGCCAAUAAAAUUGUUGUAUAAAUCUCUCUUUGGUCCAAGAAAUACAUGAAGGCUGAACAUCUGUGUCAAUGAAUAACAUAGAGCAGGGGUGUCAAACUCAAGCUGGAGGCUCCCAAGAGCCUUCUCAGCAAAUGCUGAGAGUCCAGGGCCCUGAGCCUCAUGAUGGAGACAUGUGGUUUUCUCGCUGUAGCAGCUUGCUUUCUGUAAGAAGCCUCACAAAAGAUAACAUACAUUAGCCAUCAUCAUUUGAAUCCAAGAAAGUCCUGGCAUUUAAUUCCUUGAGUGUACUGGGCUAGCUUGAAAAGAAUGGCUCUUCUUAGCCACUCAAGUUGCAGAGUACUAAUGCUACAAGCAACCACUGUUAGAGAGAAUGUCAGACAGACCCUAAUCCUAGCCCUAGCCCUAAGCAACGUGAUUAUUUACUCAGAAUAAUUUCUUUAUUGUUGCUCACCCAUAGAAAGAAUCUUACCAGAUUAAAGCACAAUCUGCAUAAUUAUCAGACAUGCCCUGUAAAUAUCUAGGGAGGGUCCACUCUGGGCCUCCUCCUGCAUACCAAGGAUUCUAGGCUAAUUUGCCUUUUAGCUCCUCCUGAAAGAAUCCUUUCCCUCCAACAACUCUUUACCAGACUCUAUCACAUACAAGAGAACAAGAAUGGGUGAUGUGUCCUUUAUGCUGCCAUCUAGUAGCUCAGACUUUGGCACUCCUUUGACCUCUCUUAAGGAUUUUUCCCCCUCCCUUGUUAUUCUGUGCUGGGGAACCAUGGCUGCCUGGAAGGAAAGAGUAGCCAUGUAUUUAACUCAGGAGGAUGCUUACCUCCAAAAGCCAUAGUGAGGCAUGUUGUAUGCAAGCAUAUCAGUCUGUGUAACUUGUCUUGUAAAUAGCAAUUUCUAUCUCCUUCUAAACAAUUCUUCAAGAUAGAACACCCAUUUCUGAUCUUGCACUCAACACAGAUGAACAUCUCUGAAGUAGUCCAUAUUGUGAUGGACCACAGGCACAAUGAGUCUGUAACUUAAAUGCCAUUUAUUUGGAAAUUAUCCCAUUGAGUACAAACUAGAAUUAUUUCUGAAUAACAUAAAGCAGGGGUGUCAAACUCAAGACCUGAGGGCCAGAUCUGGCCCAUGGGGUGCUUAGAUCUGGCAAUCAGGGCUGUCUUGCAAACAGCGAAGGGCUGGCCCAUGGUGCCUCUGCCAGCAAAAGCAGAGCUCGGAAGGGGGCGCAUGCCCUAACCCUCCUCAGGUCCAUUUUCAUUGGCAGAAAGCUGCAGGAGGCAGUUACAUUUAAUAAUAAUAAUAAUAAUAAUAAUAAUAAUAAUAAUAAUAAUAAUAAUAAUAAUAAUAAUAAUAAUAAUAAUAAUAAUAAUAAUAUUUUAAUUUGUAUACCGCCCUUCUCCCGAAGGACUCAGGGCGGUGAACAGCCAAAAUAAAAUACAAAAGAAACAAUACAUACAAUACUAAAAAACAACCCUUAAAAAACUUAUUCAAAUGGCCAAAUUUAAAAUAUAACACCCUAUAAAAUUGACAGAAAUUUAAAACCCAUAAAAUCAAAUUAAAAUUUUUUUAAAUCAAGCCAGUCCAGCAAGGUGGAAUAAAUAGGUUUUAAGUUCGCGGCGAAAGGUCCUAAGGUCAGAUAGUUGUCGAAGUCCAGGGGGAAGUUCAUUCCACAGGGUAGGAGCCCCCACAGAGAAGGCCCUCCCCCUGGAGGCCGCCAGUCGACAUUGUUUGGCUGACGGCACCCUGAGGAGUCCCUCUCUGUGAGAACGCACCGGUCGUUGGGAGAUAGAGGACGGCAGUAGACGGUCCCGUAAGUAUCCCGGUCCUAAGCCAUGGAGCGCUUUAAAGGUAGUAACCAAUACCUUGAAGCGCACCCGGAAGAUGACAGGUAGCCAGUGCAGUCUGCACAGGAUAGGUGUUACAUGGGAGCAGUAUGAAAAUGGACAUCAAGCUGGCCACUCCCCCACACAACCCCUGAGGUCAAACACAACCCUGAUGCCCUCAAUGAAAUCAAGUUUGACACCCCUGACAUAGAGGAUACUCUGUCAUUCACCUACUAUUAAAUUUUUUCUUUUCCUUGAUAGUGAUGCACACUUAACAGACAAUCUUUAAUUUAAAAUUAAAUAAGGACUUAACACCAAGAGGCAGUUGAUCUAUACUUAAAACUGAAGUAAUUUCAGGUCCAAAGAAAACAAUGGAUGCACGGUGCUUUCUUGUUGAAAUAUAGCUUGCUAAUUGGGGCAUUUGCUUGACUUCAAUUUUAAAUUCUAUUCUGAAGGGACACUUUAUUUUCUAGGAAUGUUAGAUUCAGACAAGAUGUAUUAUAAUUUUUCAAGGAAAUAUCAAAGAUGAACAAUGCCAAACCAAGAUACUAAAAUGUUACAAUAUUGAAUACCUGAUUGUAUUGCAUGGUUAUCCAAUUAAGAUAAACUUGAAGUAGAGCGGUAGGUAUGUUUUCUACUUUUCUAGCUUGAAUUGCCCAACAAAACUGGAAGACUAUUUGGCAGUGUAUGUAGACUAUAUCACAUACUAAUAGCCCAAUGCAAAAUGUACAUUUUUAUAUUGAUCUUACUCUAUAAAAAUAACUGAAUAAGAUUGAAAUCUAUAGCCCAUAUGUGCUAAUAGAUGCCUUAAUCAAAAGAUUUGUAGAAAUUUACAAAUGAACAGUGAUUGUUAAAAAUAAAUAUUUGGGUUUUUUAGAUAAAAUAGUUUCUAGGAUUCAACUUCUAUUUGAAUAUUCCUUAACUUGGUUAUGUAAAAGCUAACUUUUAGCUGUUUGCUAAAAGCAUAGCUAUAACCCACAUCUUCAUGUAUUUGUAUAGCACCCAUUUUUGGUAUGAUUGAAAUCCUUUGGUAUGUUUGAAAUAUUUUCCUAAUUGUGAAGAUAGUGCCUUCCUCCAACUGAGCUUAGCUGUUGAUAAGUUUGGUCACAUCCAUGGAAUUUUUUUGUGAAGAUAGAAUCACAGCCACCUCUGAAUUAUUUAUUUUUUGAUUUCCAGUCUAAUUCACAUAUUUUCUGGUGGCAUCCUCUUCAAGAAUUAAUCAGGUCCCUGGUUAGUGUUUUCCAAGAUCCGUUAAGGUCAGCUUGAUGCUGUACCUGGUAUGGCCCAGUGCAGAAGUGCCAAACUUGCAUCAUCACAGCAGCAGCGUGUGACGUAUUGCAACUUUUGCAGCCCUUUGUACAAUAAGUUGCUUCUUUUCAACACUGUUGUGACUUUAAAUGGUCACUAAAUGACUGGUUGUAAAUCGAGGACUAUGUAUACACACAAGGCAUGCAGUACUCAAAACUGAUUCUCAUGAAAUAUUGUAUAUGAGACCAGUGGUGAGAUUCAGCCAGUUUGCACCACUUCGGGAGAACCGGUUGUUAACUUUCUGAGCAGUUUGGCAAACUGGUUGUUGGAAGAAAUCAUUAGGGCAGAGAACCGGUUGUUAAAUUACUUGAAUCCCACCACUGUAUGAGACCCAAAAGAAGAGCGAGUGUGAAUUCAAUUUAAAUUCAGGAAUUUCAGCAACCAGCACGUUUUUCUUAUAGCCCUGCUGUAACACAAAAAUCGCUGUAUGUUAAUAUACUAGAAAAAGCAUCCAUCUUUCAUCCAGGAUAUUUCGGUGUUCAAUAUUGUUCGCACCUUUCAUAAAAGCACUGAUUUUAUUGUCAUUCUAUUAGGUGCCAAAGGAUCAAUAAAAUUAUGUGGGGGCAUUUGAUUUCCAAAAGUAAAUGUUACAAUUUUUUUCCUCCAAUUUUCAGACUUUUAAGUGUGGAUAAUUAAGAAAAUGGAGCACAGUUUAAUAUGUAUUAUUUAGCAUAGACCAGUGAACUCAUCCAAAGGGAAAUGAGUCCUUUUUUGCAUUUUUAAUGCAUUUUGAACAAAAAUAGGAUGCUCAUCGACUUCUCCCCUCUGCAGUGCAUUGGCCUAUCUGUCUAAGUACUUGGGUCAAAGGAAGAAAAAGUGGUGAGAAAAAGAGGAAAGCCAACUCUCCCUUCUUUCUUGACCUAUGUAAAAUCAGCAGUUCACAAGAAAUGGCAACACCUCCACAAUGGUCUUUCUCCAAGACUCCAUAGCACUGUUCUGCUUAGAAAAUAGGAAAAUGCUAUUAUAGCAUAUGGUAUUCAUAAAUUGGUGCCCUGGGUUAAAUUACCCUGAAGAGACCAGUUGCUAAAGUGAUAGUAUGAGAAGAAAAAGGAAAACCAGGGUAUUAUCAUGAGUUUUCCCCCAGUAUGGUGUCUUUCAACCUGAAAUAAAUAAAUAAAAAGUAAAAAAGGGAAAGUAAAGCAGUGGUGAAAUCAAUUUUUUUUUACUACCGGGUCUGUGGUUUGGUGGACGUGGUGUGGCUUGGUAGGCGUGGCUUGGUGGGUGUGGCAGGAAAGGAUACUGCAAAAUCUCCAUUCCUUCCCCACUCCUGGGGAAAGGAUAUUGCAAAAUCUACAUUCCCACCCCACUCUGGGGCCAGCCAGAGGUGGUAUUCGCCAGUUCUCUGAACUACUCAAAAUUUCUGCUACUGGUUCUCCGAAUUGCUCAAAAUUUCCUCUAUUGGUUCUCCAGAACCUGUCAGAACCUGCUGGAUUUCAUCCCUGAGGUAAAAAUUUCUUCAAACUUAGUUUGACACUUUGUGACUUCAUGGUUAUGUCCAUCAUAUACAAACAAAACAAACAAAACAAACAAUUUGCCAUUGCCUUUCUUGUACUGCACAUGUUGUUUCUCUCUUCUCAUUCCGUCAAGUUUUCACAUUUAAAAGAAUGUUUCUUUUAAUGUCACUGCAAUUUAAAUCCUUUAACUGUUGUCCUGCCCACUGCUGCACCCAAGAACAACUCUGUUGUCUUCCAUAUGACAAUAUUUCAAAUACUCUCCCUUGGUCCAUGUUGAGCAAUUUCUUUAAGCCACAUCAUUAUAGACAAUUCAUAUUUAACAAUGCUCUUCUUAAAAUAUGAAAUCCAGAACUGGACAUAAUAAUCCUAAAGUGGUUUGGGAAUAAAAUAACGAUUUCUCCCUAUAAUCUUGAUACAAGGAUUUUGUUAAAAUGCUUUAUAACUUGAAGCCAAACUACAUUCCUUUUGUAGCAGCAUUUCACUUGUGGAUUAUAAUUAUCACAAUGAUACUGUCAUUCACUAACCAUAUGCAUGUUUAUUGGGAAGUAAGCUCUAUUAAAUUUAAUUGACCUUAAUCCAAACUAAAUGUGGAAAGGGAUGUAGCCUAAGAUGCCCAAAUGUUUUGCACAUGUGUUACUGCCAAGCCAGCUCAUUCUUAGAUAAUAAUGCAGUUACUUUGCCUGUAACAUGAUUAGCAAAGCACUUCCCUCUUCAGGCACGAUCAGCUUUGCCAUACCUUAAUCCUCAGACCAUGUUCAAUUUUUUUUAAAAGGAAAAUGUCACAAAGAAGACAGCUUUAUUGUUCAUUCUUCCAUGCCUAUCCAU